GGAGAUUCAUCUCAAAGAGCAACCAGAAAUUGCUUUGAAUAUUUCAUAAGAAAAAUGAACGAUAGAAUGGCGAAAAAAACAAGUCCAAUGAAUUUAGCAUUGAUUGUAAUGUUCAUGAUUGCGUUGUUUGCCUCAAACAUGCUUGUUUGUAGGGGAGAAUGGGAGGGAAGUUGGAGCAGCAAAGCUGCAGAAGAAGCUGAGGCUGUUGCAGCAAUACCAUGCUCAGGACAUGGAAGAGCCUACUUAGAUGGUUUAAUUCUUAAAGGACAUCAUCAACCUGUUUGUGAGUGCAAUCCAUGCUAUUCUGGAUCUGAUUGCUCCAACUUUUCAUCUGAUUGUUCUGCCGACGCUGGAAGUGGGGAUCCAUAUUUUUUGGAGCCAUUUUGGAUGAGACAUGCAGCAAGUAGUGCGAUUUUAGUAUCAGGGUGGCACAGAAUGGGUUAUUCUUACAGCGAUGGAUCAUACAUCUCAGAACUACUUGUUGAGUACCUCAAAAAAGUUCAUUCCAUCGUUGGUAAUGCAAUAACUGAUGGAAAGUACUUCAUAUUUGGAAGUGGCUCAACACAACUCCUUAAUGCUGCUGUUUAUGCAUUGUCCCCCAACUCUUCAGAUUCUCCAGCAAAAGUGGUAGCCACAGCCCCAUAUUACCCGGUCUAUAGAACACAAACAGAAUUUUUUAAUUCUAGGGAUUAUAUCUAUGAAGGAGACACAUCUUCGUGGAAAAACAAGACAGAUAGCGACUCAAUAUUUAUUGAGUUUGUGACUUCACCAAACAAUCCAGAUGGAAAGUUGACUGAGGGAGUUCUUGAAGGUUCAAAUGUAAAAUCGAUAUAUGAUCGUGCCUAUUAUUGGCCACAUUUCACUGCUAUUCCUUCACCAGCUGAUGAUGAUCUUAUGAUCUUUACAAUUUCCAAACUCACUGGCCAUGCUGGGAGCAGAUUUGGAUGGGCAAUAAUAAAGGAUGAGACAGUAUAUGAAAAGAUGUUGACAUAUUUGAGCAUGAACACGAUGGGGGUUUCCCGUGAGGCUCAGUUGAGAGCCUUAAAGCUUUUGGAUGUGGUUGUUGAAGGAGAUGGAAAACAAAUAUUUCAAUUUGCAUAUUCAACUAUGAGAGAUCGUUGGACAAGGUUGAAACAAAUCAUAUCAAAAUCAAAACGGUUUUCUCUACAGAAACUGUCUUCUGAAUACUGUACCUUUUUCAAGAGGCAAAGAGAUGCUUCACCAGCGUAUGCUUGGGUAAAGUGUGAGAGAGAAGAAGACAAGAAUUGCUAUGAAAUUCUUGAAGCUGCUGGUAUCAAUGGCCGUGAAGGACGUGUCUAUAGCGCAGAUAAUCGUUACGUGCGUCUCAGUCUCAUUAGAAGUCAAGAUGAUUUUGAGAUACUAAUAAACAAGCUCACAAAUCUUGUUGCUAAGGGAUAGGGAUCCAAAUAAAGUUUACAAUUAGUGUCAUAAUAUCAAAAUAAUUACGUACCAAUAAAACCUUCUGAAUUCGGUGGUAUAUAUGGUUGUUUGUUGAGUAAAAAAGUAUUGUUUCUUGUACUCUUAGUGUAAAACCGUGAUAUCGAAUUAAUAAAGCAUUGCUCUUGCUCAUUU